AUGUUGACAUCAUCGAUGUGGGGCUGCGCGCGCCUGUACCUCGCGGCGUCCCUCGCGCGCGCCGCGACGGACCACAACUUGGUCCCGCUCAUCGUGCUGAAGAACCCGCGGUCCGGGUCGUCGUGGCUCGUGCAGCUGCUCAACGGCGUGCCGUCGGCCUUCGUGACGGAGGAGAUCCUCACGUCCAAGUCGGCGGGCCACGGGGACGUCAAGGCCGAGGGCGAGGCGCACCUCUUCCGCGCGCUCAGCGAGCCCAUGGGCCGCUUCGGCCGCGGCGCGGCCUUCGGCGUCGACGAGAAGCGCGGCGGGUCGGCGAAGCUGGUCGCGAAGGACCGCGCGAUGCGCGAGUCGGGCAAGCGGCCGCGCGACGCCUGGGACGUCGUCGGCUUCACCGUGUCGCCGAAGCGCAUCCUGGGGUUGAACCUCUUCGGCGCGCCGGACGGCGUCUUCUGGCGCAGCGGCUGCCGCAAGGUCGUGCUCUACGAGCGGACGAACAAGACGGGGCAGGACAAGAGUGAUUCAAGUUCGCUUCAACAUGAGAACAAGAUCAAGCAGGCGCUCGCGUACGCGCGGGGGCGUCUGCUGCGGGACAAGUGCGGCAUGAACAACGUGCGGAAGACGGGCAAGAAGGCCUGCGCCAUCGGGAAGACGCUGGCGCUGGACGUGGACGACCUCCGGGCCGACCUCUUGGAGUCGAUGUCCAAAGACGUCGCGACGCGCGUCGCGCUCCGGGAGCUCCUGCGCGCGGACCGGGGCCGGCCCCUCGGCGACGGCGCCGACUUCGUGCCGCGGCCCCAGUUCGGCGCGGCGACGGCGGGCUACAUAUUCGAGCUCGCCUACGAGGAGCUCCUCGCGGACGCGGCCGGCGCGCUGUCCCGCCUGUUCGCGUGGCUCGGCAAGGCCGGCGUCUGGCGGGCCCACCUCGCGGCGUCGGGCGCGGAGCUGGGCAGCGCCUACGCCAAGGCGACGAGCGACGACCUGCGGGACGUCAUCCGGAACUUCGACGAGGUCCGCGCGUGGCUCCGAGAAACCGCGCCGUGCCUCGUGCCCCACCUCGAGGCCACGGACCCGGGCGCCGUCAUGGCCUCGGACUGCGCGGGCGACUUCGAGGACGCCAUCAACCUGCGCAUCAAGCAGUCGAAGAGCUGGCGCCACGCGCGGAACAACGAGGUCAUGGAGCUCAAGGUCAACGCGACGGGCAACGUCGGCUACAAGCGCGCGCGCGCGGUCACGGCGGAGCAGUUCGAGUUCUUCCAGAGCCGGAGCCGCGGCCACCGCACGAGGUAA